AAAUAUUUCUAUUUGAUUGAUAUCUGAAAUCAUAUGAUUAUUAAUAUAAAAUUAUUAUUUAUUGCGUGUGAUCUCUGACUUUGUCGUUCUUAACUCGAUAUGGAUCGUCAAAUCAAGAACACCACAUAUCACUCACAACAACGAUGAAGAACAACAAUUCAUCAAGUUCCAUUAAGAAUCAGCCAUGUAAUAAGAAACCAACCAUUCUCUUACUUCUCCUCUCUCUCCUCACAACCUCUCUGUUUCUCCUUCGCCUCUCACAAAACAAAAUCAUCCUCAUCACCACCAUUACCUCCGACUCCGAUCACCACAACCGUGACAGACAAGAUUCAUGUCUCGGCCGGUACAUAUAUAUCCAUAACCUACCUUCUCGAUUCAACACCGACAUCUUGCAAGAUUGCGAGUCGAUUACAAGACCAAAGGAUAAGAUCAGCAUCUGUAAGUACCUCGACAACUUCGGAUUUGGACCACGGAUCGGUGAUGAUGGUGUCUCCAUAGAUUCUAAGUACUCUCCGAGCUGGUACGCGACUAAUCAGUUCAUGCUUGAAGUGAUUUUCCACGAGAAGAUGAAGAUGUACGAGUGCUUGACGAGAAACUCUUCGUUGGCUUCGGCUUUUUACAUACCUUAUUACGCUGGCCUCGAUUUCCGGCGGAAUCUGCGGCGGCGUAGCGUAGCUGAAAGAGACGCCGCCGGGAAGGAAAUGUUUGAAUGGCUCAAAAAGCAACCUCAGUGGAAAGAUAUGUCAGGUAUAGACCACUUCCUCGUAACCGGUCGGAUAUCACGAGACUUCCGGCGAAACCCCGACAACAACUCCCUGUGAGGAACCAACUUAAUGCUAUUACCAGAGUCACAAAACAUCUCUUUCCUCACCAUUGAACGAAGUCCAACGAGCCACAACGAGUUCGCAAUUCCUUAUCCAACCUACUUUCACCCAACUUCAACCUUCGAGAUACGCCAAUGGCAAGACAAGAUCAAGCUUACCAACCGAACAAUACUCUUCUCAUUCGCCGGAGCUCAAAGGCGGAGUAGAAGCCAAAACGGUUUGGUUCGCACUCAAGUCAUCGAACAGUGUAAGAGUUCUUCCAAGACUUGUAGGUUUCUUGACUGUGACGUUAAAGCCAACGGCUGCGAUGAUCCGAUGAGUCUGAUGAAGCUUUUCGAGAGCUCCGUCUUCUGCUUACAACCACCGGGUGAUUCGUUAACCAGAAGAUCGGUAUUUGAUUCUAUCUUAGCUGGUUGUAUACCGGUUUUCUUUAACCAAGGAAGUGCAUACAAGCAAUAUGUAUGGCACUUGCCGAACAACGAUGGUGAAUAUUCAGUUUAUAUACCGGUUAAAGAGCUGAGAACCGGGGGAAAGAGUAAAAUCGAAGAGAUUUUGCAGGGGAUACCGAAUGAGAAAGUGAUUGGUAUGAGAGAAAACGUAAUAAGAUCGGUUCCAAAGAUUGUAUACACUAAACCAAACCGAUACAAACCGGAUAAAGAGACACUUGAAGAUGCUUUUGAUGUUGCUGUGAAGGGAGUGAUCAAGAGAAUAGAGAAAUUCAAGAGUAACUAGACCGAAAAUGGAUACAUUCCCACAUUUGUUUUUGUAUUUAGAUAUCAAUUAUCUUGUAGAAUGUUUCUCAUUCUUUCAACUAAAUUUAAAAUAGACAAGAAUAUUUUACAUUCUUACCAAUUUUAAAUAGAUU